CACUUCUCUACGAACUAAUGCUGUUUUCGAACAAGGAUGGAGGAGAUAGCAGUGGCUCUCAGCGCGGAAGGGAUACAGAAAAAAGUAGUCUGUCCUGGCAGAGGGCAGUUAUCAACAUUUUCCGACGGAACUAAGGUAAAGUUCCACUAUCGCACCAGCCUUUGCGAUGGAACCGUGUUGGAUGACUCGAGAUCAGCGGAGUGCCACAGCAAGCCCAUGGAACUGAUCAUGGGGAAGAAAUUCAAGCUGCCUGUCUGGGAGCAGAUAGUCACAACUAUGAGGGAGGGUGAAAUUUCUGAAUUCACCUGCGAAGUCAAGCACACAGCGCUGUAUCCACAGAUGUCCCAGUCCUUGAGGAACAUCAGGGCAGGGAAAGAUCCUCUGGAGGGCCAGAGGCACUGUUGCGGCAUUGCCCAGAUACACUCCCACCACUCAACAGGCCACCACGACCUGGACGAGCUGCAGGCCAACCCCCAGCCUCUUGUCUUCACUAUAGAGCUUCUGCAGGUCUUGACCCCAGGUACCUUCCAGCUGGACACCUGGGCAAUGACCGAUGAGGAGAAGAUGGAAGCUGUGCCUCAGAUUCAUGAACAGGGCAAUGCACUCUUCAAACAGGGUGACUUUGCGGGAGCGGCUGAAAAUUACCAUAAUGCCAUUGCCUGCCUGAAGAACCUGCAGAUGAAGGAGAAACCAGGAGAUGAGCCCUGGAUUAAAAUAGACAACAUGAUCACACCCCUGCUGCUCAACUACUGCCAGUGCAAGCUCAACCAGAAUCAGUACUAUGAGGUACUGGAACACUGCUCCUCACUCCUCUCUAAAUACGAAGACAACGUGAAGGCAUACUUUAAGCGUGGCAAAGCCCAUGCCGCAGUAUGGAAUGAGAAGGAGGCACGAUCUGACUUUGCCAACGUGGUGAAGCUGGACCCAAGCCUGGCACCGAUGGUGGCACGCGAGCUUAGAGCGAUGGAGGAGCGCAUCCGUGAAAAAGAGAAGGAAGAGAAGGGCCGCUACAAAAAUCUUUUUGCUGCCGGUGCAACUGCCACCACGGGCUAAAUCUUUUAGUAUUAUGUGAAGUAGCAAAGCAGCUGUAAAUGUGGACCCAUUGCUUUUUAUGCGUCUCUUUUGUACACACACCUUCCAUCCAUGCACUAUACAUGUUCAGACAUCUGCAACACCAAACUAGAAGUUCAUCCUCAGGCCAUGAACCCAGAAUCUUUCAUGGUCCUAAGAAAUGACAUGUACUCUGCUGCCACGUCUCACUCAGAUAUUCGUAUACACUUCAUGGUGUUCACUGCUCACUGGAAUUAAUUAUUCCUGGUGGUCCACACACCUGAAGUGACAUGGUCAUUCAAGACAAUCAGUGGAACCAGGAAGUUUGUUACACUAGCCUUCUGACCUUGGACUUAGAGAUCACAUCAUUACCCGUACCUGCACUUCAUGUUACUCAGUUAUAUCAUGCUCAUUAUAUUCAUAUUUAUAUUCUUUUAAACUAUUAUGUAUUCAUGUGUUUUGAUUGUAACUCUGUAUAAUCGUGUGUAACCAUGCUUGAGCUUUGUGACUUAUCUUCCUUGAUGGGUUUAAGUAAUGGGCAGGAUGACAUCCUACUGCAGUCACAGACCAAAACCUCAGCAUGUUCUGUGAGCAAGGAGCAGGCCAGCCAGUGACACUGUGUGAGAAGUCCUGAGACUUUUUUCUGUGGCCAAGCAUAAUGUAUCAGUCAUGUGUAUUGACUCAUUUUUAAAAGAUAUGGUUGACUGGACACUUGGAUGUGCUGUUUUCCCCCUCUAAUAAUUGCCUUCAGACUAAUAUUUUGGGAGAACCAUGCCUUUGUCCUUCUGCAGUUUGUGACUGAGGUCUAAUAAAGAUGAGUCUCAUAUGGUU